UCUCAAAAUUUGCAGAGUACCAGCAGUGUUAGUCAUGUUUCUGUGACCACCAGUGCAGGAAGAUUCAGUGGCAAUAAUCAGUCAGCAACAAGUAUGCAGAAUUUACCAGUGAACAGCUUCAGUUGUACAGAUUUCACUGCAUUGCCAGUUCCUCAGAUAUCUUCAUUUGCAGAAGACGUAAAAUCUACAACCAUGUCAUCCUUCUCGAUGGCCAACAGCUCCUCAAACUUUGGAAUUCUGUCAUGGAGUACAAUCCCACCAGUGGCUGCUGUAUCAAAUAUUUCCCACAAUGAGAAUUUUACAAGUUUGCGAAACUCCUCAGAUGUAUUUUUGCCAAAUAUCUCUCCUCCUACAACAAAGAUUGGCAUUGACAUCAACAGUGCCAAGAAUUGUGGACGAAGUUCAUCUGUAUGCAAAACAGGACAGCAACAACUAAAGGACUGUGCAUCUGAAGUAUUGAGACAUUCUCAAGGGAUUGGUCCAGGUUAUUCAUUUCCUAUUACAAAUGAAACAGGCCAAGAAACAGUGUCAUCUCGAGGUGUAAUUAAUUCUUUAAUGCCUUCAUCUGUUCAGAACAACACUUUGCAACAGAGCUCAUACAAGAUGUCGUUGCCAAACAAUCAGAGAGAGUUGGGCAGUGAUACAUCGAAAGGUGAUUAUGGUAAUUACAGAGCAGCAGUGUCAGUUGCCUCUGAAUCGUAUAAAAAAUUUCCUCUACCUCAAAGUAAUACUUACAAGUUAAUGACGUCACAUGCACAGGUAGUAUCACGCACCAGUGAAAGUCAAAAUUACAAACAAACAUCAAGCCCUGUGCCUCAGAACAGUUACAGUGUAGCAUCAUCAUCUGUGUGUGGUGAAGCAUUUAGUCGAACACCAUUAUUGCAUGAUAAAUUCAAGCCUCAGUCGUCAUCGCAGUUUGAUUUGUAUCACUCGGCACCAGGAAUUGUACGAAGUGAUGUCUACAGGACGAGCCAGGAGAGUCAUGCGGCUGAUAUUCCACCUUUGGGUCAGUGUGGCCAUUUUAAGCCAGACUUUCAUGCAAAUCAAAAGGAACAAUUCAAACAAAAUAUAGUCACAGAAAAACCUAGCAAUGGCAAACAUUUAAUUACAUCAGAUGGAAUCAAUAGCUAUAAUGCAAAUGUGGCUUCGUCAUUCAAGCAAGAUAGUUACAGAUUCUUAGCUGUUUCCUCUCAUUGUGAGCAGGCUUCUAAGCCUGGACCAGCUUGUCUCAGUCUUGACAAUUACAAGUCAGCUCUGAGAUCAAACAAGGUUGAGAAUUACAGAAAAGUUCAACAUUCUUAUCAGCCAGAAAUCUACAAGAGAGGACCGACAUCAGUGGCCUGUGAAACCCACAAGUCUACUCCAAGUUCUGUUCAGUACAACAGCUGCAAACCAGCAUCAAGUAUGCCUGGAGAAGGCACCCUCUCAACAAACACUCACUCGAGGGCUCCUGUAAAUUGGAUGACUACACCUGAUACACGUUGCAGUACGCAGCAAAUAUCUUCAUUAUUCUUCCCACCUGCUACAUCCAGUCAAAUGCAAACACAGAAUAAUACGCCUCUUCCAUCAUCAGCACUUUUCCCAUCACAGUGUGGCCAUGUGAAUGGCCAAACAGCGACAGCAACAACAUUAUUUACAUCAGUUACUAGUCAGACGAGUCAGCCUGUUAUAUUACCACCCGUAACCUCAUCCCUAUUCCCUCCAGUAACUUGUAAUCACAGAGAAACUGCUAGUAGCACACACAGUUUAUUCCCUCCUCCUGUGUCCAGUGGCACUUACAAUACCAAUGGAAAUUCUAUGGCGUCAAACAUUUUCACUCCAGCUUCGAGUCGUGCUAGCAGUUUCCCUCAGGUGCAAUCUUCUCUUUUUCCUGCCACCACUAUUACUACAGGCAACCAAUCAUCUUUGUUGUUUCAAUCCACCACAAGCAAUCUGUUGGGACAGGAUAAUGUCAGUAUACCACCAAUGCUCUUGACAACUUCUGCCAGUCAUGUAGGCCAGAGUGGAAGUAGCUUGGCACCUCUUCUUACGUCCGUCGCUGCCCGUGGUUCAAACCAGUCUUCUGUUGGCGUACCAUCCAUUAAUACAAUGUCUGUAACUCACCAGAAUUCCACUGAUCGGCCACUUGCCGGCAUUCCACCAGCACUUCUCCCGACACCUUCUGAUACCUGUGGUAAAUCUCUUAGCUUGCAGCCACCAUUACCGUCGACAGUAAAACCGGUCUCAGGAGGCACGCAUUUAGGUACCUUGCCUCCGAACACUGCUUCACAUUUAUUUUCACGUGAUGCUGGGAACAGCUUUUGCUCUGGAACAAUAUUUCAAUCAUUUCCAUCAUCAGGACCUACUGUCCAUGACAGUUCACCAUCAGUUUUAUUGAUGUCUGGUUCCAACGUCAUGGGAGAUGCAGCUUCAUCAUCACUCUUCUGUCCACCCCAUGUGACGACAACCAACAGUGAUUUCUCAUCAGGCUCAGCACCAUUCUUCUCGUCAUCACUAAUUCCUACUGCAUCAUCAGUGGCCAACAUACCAGGUCAGAAUAACAGUUGUCUGCCCUCUUCUGUACCCUCAACAUUGCUGUCAACUCACACUUCAUCAGGCAAUAGGCAACGAGACUUAAACCUAUUCCCUGGGCCACCACUGCCACCAACUCAGCACAGCUACUGCCGUCCAUCCGGUCCGACUUUUCCCGGUCUACAAGAAUCUGGUGGUGCCAGCUCAUCUGCUGCCACACCUCCAAGACCUUGCUUUCUGUCUGUCAGCCAGUUGGUGGAAGGAAGUGGUAGUGGAAAAAUUGGGGCGACUCGGAACUCAAGGCGCCGCUCUCGUCGACCUCCACCACCCUGGGUGUCUGGCUCGUCUGCCCCGGGGAACUUGUAUCAGAAUGUUUCACACUCCCAGCAGUCACUGGCUCAGCCAUCAAGUAACAAAACAGUACAGCAAUUAUGUGGGCGCCAGCCCAGGCCACGAGUCAUUCCGUCUACAUCAUCAGAGCUUGUGGACCUGGGCGGCCUCUUGGGUUCGCCGUUGCUCGCUGAAGAUCAGCCGCUGACCAGUCAGCGCCCUUCCUCACCACCGACAUCUGUCAACUCUCUGACAAAUUUUAACCUCAGCACAAUAUUUCCUGAGAUAGACAAGCAGCAGCAACAGCAGCAGCAGCAGUCAGCAGCAGGAUACCCAAAGUCUACGACUAUGGUGCCUGACACUCAACAACGAGAAUUUCCACAUCCGCCAUCAACAUUUGGCAAUGUUUUGAUGUCACCUGCUCAAAUAUGUCGAAUGCAAUGGCCUUAAUCUCAUGUUCCCUAAAGACUGUGGGUCUGAGGAAUAAGCUGUGUGAUCUGAAUUGCUGCUUGUGAGCAGUGUGAUGCAUUUGUGGAUUUGGUAAGAGGACUGAGUGGGGCAGUCAUGGAAUAUCUGUUAUACUGUGCCAUUGAAGGUGAUGCAAAAGGCUGUUUAUGUACAAUCAUCAUUGUACGUUACAUCAGCAUGAAACUAUUUUCUCGACAGAAGAUUAACCAUGGAAAGGUCAGCCACAGUGGUUGAAGUAAAGUGAUGAUGUGAAGAUUUUCGAGUCUGGAUAAGGCACUCCGCAUUGAGGACUGGAUUUGUGCUACAAUAUCAUUUUCUGUUGUUAUGUACUGUUUGCACUACAGAACACUGUGAGCUUUUGAUAUUCCUCCCCCCCUCCCCCCCCCC